GCUCAUUAUCCACACAAAAAGAAACACUACUCAUCUUCAACAAUGUGAUAAUGCUCUCAGAGCUGAAAUCCAUACCAGAAGCCUAGCUAGGCACUUCAUCUCCAUUAUUUUUUGCCAUGAACUCAGUAAUUCUCUUUCUUAUUUCCUCUAUGUUUUUCCAGUCAGUUUUUCUGGGAGGUGAAUCAGCAAGAGCUAAGGUGGUAAAAGGCAACUCCCAGAUCAUUGUGAUGGGCCUUGUUUACUGUGACAUCUGCUCCAACAACACCUUCUCCACUCACAGCUACUUCAUAUCAGGUGCUGAGGUUAGAAUAGACUGCAUGUUCAAAGCAGUGUCACCAAGAAUUGCAGAACACAUAUCAUUCUCAGCAAAUAGAACUACAAACAGGUAUGGGGUGUACAAGUUGGAAAUCCCAUCUGUUGAGGGAAUCAAAUGUGCAGAGGAUUCUGCAAUAGUUUCUUCCUGCCAGGCAAGCUUAAUGUGGAGUGGAACUCCAGCUUGUAAUGUUCCUGGUUUCAAAUCCACAUCAGAUGAAAUAGCAGUCAAAUCAAAGCAAGCUAAUCUCUGCAUCUACAGCCUUAAUGCUUUGAAUUUCAGACCAUCAAGGAGAGAGAUUGGCUUAUGUGGCAAGAAACAAGUUUAGUUAGACCUCAAUCACUUUGUACUUUCAAGGAAACCAGUGACCUUGGAUUUGCUUUCCCCUUGAUUUUUAGGCCACCAAUGUGGAGGACCUCUCGGCAUCACUUGAUUGUAUGCAUGGCUGUUUGUGCUAUCCUGCCAUAAACACUCACGCAUGUCUAGUUUAAGAUGCAGGAAGGCUGAUUGGUUUUAUAAUGCAUUGUUUCCAGUUCCAAGUAUAUACUGUUAGAGCACAUGAAUCUGGCCCAUAAUCUUUUCCAUUACAAAUCUGAUCUUGCUGUGAUUGUGUAUUAGUUUUGAUAUUGCUUAGAUUAUGCAUCAGUUUUGAUAUUGCUAUUAAUAUAGAUUUAUUG